AUGCUUCACACGAGCCACCUAGCCCUGCCGUUUGUGUUCGUUCUCUACAUUCCCUUUGUUUGGGCAUGGAUCCAGAGCUUGCAGAUUAUGGACGCUGUUCACGGCCUACCGGAGGGCCAGCCAGGAUAUGUGCGCAAUUUCACUCCGGGCACAAGCGGGACCAACCCCAUCCUCGACGAUAGUCCACAGGCCCUGGUUUGCGGAGACAAUCAACGCGUGCCGCUCCAGCAGCGCCAAUGGCCUCGGCUUGAGGCACUGCCGGGCUCGUUGAUAUGUCCGCGCUAUGCGCCAGGCACAUGGCACAAUGGUUCCGCUAUGGGGGAGAUUCACUGGUACGGCGCAAACAUCCGCGACGUGCCUGAUCAAACCACACUGGCCGAGCUUCGAAAAUCCCCCCUGCAGGCGGGCGAGAAAAGCAGGGUGGGAGAUCACGACAGCUCUGCUGUGGAUGCUAAGACAGCAGAACUGGCAGAAUAUGCAUUCCCGCCUGACGCCGGUUCGGAAUGUCAGCACGCGUUUCAGGUCCCAGCACAGGCCACUGAUCUUCUCACGGUGUAUUGGAUGUGGAAUACGACCCAAAGACAUCGUGACGGCUUUUUGAUAUACAUAGCCUGCUUCGAUAUCCGCAUUAUCCCUGAACACGAAUCUGACCAGCUCCCAACAUUGAAGUUUCAUUCCACCAGCCAUCCAAGUCCAGGCCAGACGAGUGCCACGCCACAUACCGUACAUAAGACGAUCGAGAAUCCCAGUCCGAGCAUGAAUCAGGGCGAUCUGGAACCGUCUUCCUCGGCUGCUGACUGGACCGGCAGUGUCAUUUCAGCAACUUGCUCUGCGAGCCUGGGGUUGUUCUGCUCGCCCGCUAGUCCGACUCUGCCUAGCGCCACCGCCACAGGGACAGGUCCCCGGUCAACAAGACCAGCGGAUACACCUACGGUGUCCAGCGCCCUAGCAAUGAUAGCGUCAGCAACAUGGCUUCCAAACCCAGUUGGCUCUGGCUCGUGGCUCCGUGUACAUACCACAUCGACGUCUCCUUGGCGUUCCCGGGGCCCACAGGAUCUUACUGUUUCGGAGACACUGGCUACUGUAACAGAGGGCGAUGCUCCCUCGACGGCCGCCCCUGAUACGGAGGCAGUGGAAACCUCUUCGACAUCCACGACGCUCCAUACAACGUCCACGAGCUCCAGAGACGACAUAGGUCCUGCGUCUGAUACAGGCCCUUCUCAAGUCCGUGCCACUGCCACCAACAACGUUGCAGAGACUAUGCACAGCUUGCAUGUCUUUAUAUCGCUGGAUCGAGCCCACCAUAACCAAGAAUCGUCUACAAUUUCCUGUUCAGUAUCUUCGGUAGAUGGUAUUGGCGGAGAAAAUGGACGUUACGAUGGUGCUCAAGAAGGAACCAUCGUUUAA